AUGAACGAAGAAAGAAGAAGAAACGCAAGUUGAAAGCAAAGAAAAUAGCUAAAAGAGACAAGGGGCCAGAGAAAGAGAAGGUGAAGGAGAGGAAAGCAGCUACCGUACUGGAGGAACCCACAGAGAAAAUUGGUCCUGAAGACUUCUACAGAAAGAAUGAAGAGUUUAGACUGUGGCUGAGGAGCAAGAAACGGCUUUACUUUGACGAGUUGUUGACGUCAGAUGCCAAAAAGCAUUUCAAGAAAUUUGUCAAGAAGUGGAACAAGGGAAAGUUAGACAAGAAGUGUUACGAGGGCAUGUCGACCACGGCCAUGUCGUCCGCCUCGAAGACGCGCUACGAGUGGAAGUUUGCGCAAAGCGUUGACAUGCUGGAGCUAGCUGACGUAAGAGACUCCGUAGGAGUGUGGACGCAGAAGGCAGGGCAGCUAAAUCAACGCGGUGGUGGUCGAGGCGGUGGCAGAGGGCGAGGUGGUGGCCAUAGCAGUUGGGUGCAGGACAGAAAUGCAUCUCAUGUGGCCGGCUCGCAACCUGGGUCGUCACAAUGGCAAGAGAGAAGGCCAAUGGGAGGUGAUCGACAGGAGAGACAGGAGAGGGACACUUACUCAGGGCGUAAGGCAGACAAACAGUACAGACAAGACAAAAAAGUAGUCGAAGAGGAGCUGGCGCCGAGGGAGACGGGGGGUCACGCCGCGAGGCAGGAGAAGAGGCUGCUACGGCAGGCGUCCAACCUCGCUCGGCAGCAGAGCCCCGACACCGCCGACAGCGUCAUCAUGGGAGACGACGCUAUCGGGCGGAGGCUGGCGGCGGAGAAGGCGCGCAACGACGCGCGCAGGCAGGUGCGCAGCAACCGCGCUUCCGAGAAGCUGCACUCGCACCAGGAGAAGGAGCGAGAGAAGAUGCAGGCACUGUUGGAGAUGGCUCGGGCCAGCAAGAGCCAGGAUGCCCUCUGGAAGACAUAGCAUCGUGUUUUGACGGUGUGUCAUCUGCCUACCGUGCUGUGUAGACAGCUUCACUCCAUCCACUAUGUGGCAUGCAGGUUUACCUGCCCACCGUGGCGACACAAGCAGGUUCACCCCAUCCGCCAUGUUGUGACAGGUCGAUGGAUCUCACCUGCCACGAUUUAAAUUGAAAGCAGGAUCUGCACGCCAAGUACAGACUCUACGUUGAUGCGAACUGCUAUAUGCCUGUGGCAGUAUAUAAAUGUAAAUCAGUGACCAGUUACCAGCAGCGAGGAAGCAUUAAUAAACAUUUCAUGUAGAAUAUACGUAGUAUUUGUUAAUAAAAUGCAAUUACAAUCAA